AUGAAGCCUCUGGUGAGCAUAGUAAUGCUGAUAGUCCUGACACAAGUUUUCCAGAGUUUUUCCAACUUGUAUCAAGGAAGCUGGCUGAGAUUAUUAAGGGAAGGACAUAAUUGUGGAAAAUGUGAGUUAGAACUUUGUUCUCAGCCUGAAAACUGCUUGGCUGGAACAGUUUUAGACCAUUGUGGCUGCUGCUCUGAAUGUGGGAAUAGAGAAGGGCAGAUUUGUGAUUUGGAUGGCAGUAAUCAUUUCUAUGGGCAGUGUGGGCAAAACCUGGAAUGCAUUUUAAAUACUGAAGUAAUGGAGUAUGGGGAAAUUCCUGAACCACAGUGUGUUUGUGGAUCCCAAGAAAGCGUUUGUGGACCUGAAGGGAAGACCUAUGAGAAUAUUUGCCAGUUCAAUGAGAUUUAUUCUCAGAAGAAAAUUAAUGUUAGCAUAAAACACAAAGGACCAUGUGAAUCAGCUCCUGUUAUUUCUUUACCACCUCAAAAUACUCAGAACUUUGUGGGAAAUGACAUCUUUUUUAGAUGUGAAGUUUCAGCUUAUCCAAUACCAUACCUGGAAUGGAAGAAAAAAGGGGAUAAAAUUUUCCUUCCUGGUGAUGAUGCACAUAUUUCAAUCCAGGUGAGAGGUGGACCUCAGAAAUAUGGUGUGACAGGAUGGCUACAAAUUCAAGCAAUCAGGAAAUCAGAUGAAGGUGUUUAUAUUUGCCAUACCAGAAACAAAUAUGGCACAACUUAUGCAUCUGCCAGAUUAAAAGUUAUCAAUCCUGCCCUUUUCUCAGAGAGGGUCCAAGGGCCUCUCCAGCCUGCAGGAGAAGAGGUCCAAGUUACAAAUAAGGUCGAGGAUCUUGAAAGAAACCAGAGGAUGCCAAUCAGGGAGGACAAUGCAGCCCCACCGGCAGAGUCAAGAAUACCAGGCCACCCCCAGCGCUGCACGAGAGCGCCGCCUUGCGGCCGCAGAGGGACUGGUUUGGCCCAAGAGUCCUCGCGGCGGCGGCGCCGCCCUACCCCCUUUCCCCCCCUCCCCCGCAUUCCCAGCCAGAUCCAUCCGGCCCUUUUCCCCAACCUUCACCCCUCGCCCUCUCGCCCCCAUUCUGUCUCUGGGUCCCGCCGGAGCCUUCCCAGCUUUCUUCCUUCGCCCCGCCUCCAACCUGCUCUCACAAUCUCUCGUUCUCUCCGGGCCCGGCUACGCCACGCCUCCUGCUCCGUGUCCCUCCCCCUGCUCCGUGCCCCGCCUCCGUUUGCUCUCCGGGUCGGGCGGGCGCCGCCUCUCGGGAAGAUGGCGCUGCACUUUCAGGUCAGUGCGCGCUCCGUCGCGGCCGCGGGGCUCCGGACCCCCGGGGGAGGGGAGGUGGCUGGCAACGGCUGGAACCGGGCAGGGACCAUCUCCCAUGGGCGCAGCUGCAGCCAGGGCCAGGUGUCCCGGCUUUUCCCAAGCCUCCUCAAUCUUUCCUCUCCCGUGGGCUGUGGACUUUCCUCCCUCCACGCCAGCCCUCCGGGAGGCUCAGUAGCCAUCGUUAUCUUCCUCCCCUCCCCUUCCCUCCCUUGGCCAUCCCAGCCCCUAACUAUCCUCUUAUUCUCCGCCAGUUCCAUCCUAGCCCGCCACCGCCGGCGGCUCCCGCCCCUUGGGAGGCGGGGCUGGGCUCUAAACCUUGACCGAGAAAUGCGGGGGGGAGGGUCCUUGUGGCUUGGCUGGAGUUUGAAUGAAUUGGAAGUAUUAUGUAAUCAUCUUUACAUAGGGACUGAUCUUUCACAGCGCAUACAAGCUGAGAAAGUGCUGCUGGAACUUAUUGACAGUCCAGAUUGUCUCAGCAAGUGUCAGCUUUUAUUAGAACAAGGAACAUCAUCCUAUUCUCAGCUACUUGCAGCAACAUGCCUUUCAAAACUUGUCAGUAGAGUGAUGCCUCUACCUAUUGAACAAAGAAUAGAUAUCCGGAAUUAUAUUCUGAAUUAUAUAGCAUCUCAGCCCAAACUGGCUCCCUUUGUCAUUCAAGCUCUUGUUCAAGUCAUUGCUAAAAUUACCAAGCUCGGAUGGUUUGAGGUUCAGAAAGAUGAAUUUGUUUUCAGAGAUAUUAUUACUGAUGUGAAAAAAUUCCUACAGGGUACUGUGGAUCACUAUAUAAUAGGGGUGAUAAUCCUUUCUGAAUUAACUCAAGAAAUGAAUCUGGUUGAUUAUUCUAGACCUUCAGCAAAACACCGGAAAAUAGGCACUUCAUUCAGGGAUACAUCUCUUAAGGAUAUUUUAGUGCUGGCAUGCUCACUCCUAAAAGAAGUGUUGGCAAAACCUUUAAAUCUUCAGGAUCAAGUUGAACAAAAUCUGAUAAUGCAAGUCUUGAAACUUGUCCUCAACUGUCUUAAUUUUGACUUCAUUGGCAGUUCAGCAGAUGAAUCUGCAGAUGAUCUUUGCACAGUACAGAUUCCAACAACUUGGAGAACAAUUUUCCUGGAGUCAGAAACUUUGGACCUUUUCUUCAAUUUGUAUCAUGCUCUUCCACCUUUACUAUCUCAAUUAGCACUUUCUUGUUUAGUUCAGUUUGCUUCUGCAAGGAGAUCAUUAUUUAGCAGUCCAGAACGUGCCAGAUAUCUUGGUGACUUAGUUAAAGGAGUGAAAAGGAUACUCGAAAACCCUCAGGGUUUGGCAGAACCAGGAAAUUACCAUGAAUUCUGUCGAUUUUUGGCUCGUUUAAAGACUAAUUACCAGUUGGGAGAAUUAAUAAUGGUGAAGGAAUAUCCAGAAGUUAUCAGAUUGAUUGCUAAUUUUACAAUUACUAGCCUCCAGCAUUGGGAAUUUGCACCCAACAGUGUUCAUUAUUUGUUAACUCUGUGGCAGAGAAUGGUAGCAUCUGUACCUUUUGUGAAAUCAACUGAACCUCAUCUCUUAGAUACAUAUGCACCUGAAAUCACAAAGGCAUAUAUUACUUCUCGAUUGGAAUCUGUCGCCAUAGUCUUCAGAGAUGGUUUGGAAGAUCCAUUGGAUGAUUCAGCUACUGUAUUUCAGCAGCUAGAACAAUUGUGUACUGUCAGCAGAUGUGAAUAUGAAAAGACAUGUGCUCUUCUUAUACAGUUAUUUGACCAAAAUGCACAGAAUUAUCAAAAACUGAUACAGUCAUCUGCCAGAAGACCCAUAGAUAUAUCAGUUCAAGAAGGGCGUCUUGCAUGGCUGGUAUACUUAGUUGGUACUGUUAUAGGAGGAAGACUGACUUACACUAGUACAGAUGAACAUGAUGCAAUGGAUGGAGAAUUAUCUUGCCGAGUUUUUCAGCUUAUAUCUUUGUUGGAUUCCCAAUUGCCUCAGUAUAGUAAUGAAAAAAUAGAACUUGCAAUUCUUUGGUUUUUGGAUCAGUUUCGUAAAACAUAUGUGGGUGACCAACUUCAGCGAACCUCAAAGGUAUAUGCCCGAAUGUCCGAGGUCUUGGGAAUAACAGAUGACAACCAUGUUCUAGAAACAUUUAUGACAAAAAUUGUUACAAAUCUUAAAUACUGGGGAAGAUGUGAACCUGUGAUAGCGAGAACUCUGCAGUUCCUAAAUGAUCUUUCUGUUGGUUAUAUUCUUUUAAAAAAACUGGUGAAAAUAGAGGCUGUGAAAUUCAUGCUUCAGAAUCAUACUAGUGAGCACUUUCCUUUUCUGGGUGUCAAUGAAGACUACAAUCUCAGUGACCUCAGAUGUCGAACAACAUUCUACACAGCUCUUACUCGCCUCCUCAUGGUUGAUCUAGGUGAAGAUGAGGAUGAAUUUGAGAAUUUCAUGCUCCCUCUCACUGUUUCAUUUGAAACAGUAGCUCAAAUAUUCAACAAUGACUUUAAACAGGAAGAAACAAAGCGUAUGUUGAUCGGGCUGGCAAGAGAUCUUCGAGGGAUUGCCUUUGCACUGAACACAAAGACCAGCUACACCAUGCUGUUUGACUGGAUCUAUUCAGCAUACUUUCCUAUUCUUCAGAAGGCUAUUGAGCGGUGGUACCAAGAACCUGAAUGUACAACUCCCAUUCUGAAACUAAUGGCAGAACUAAUGCAGAACAGGUCCCAGCGUUUGAAUUUUGAUGUAUCGUCUCCUAAUGGAAUUCUUCUUUUCAGAGAGGCUAGUAAAAUGAUUUGCACUUAUGGUAAUCAGAUCCUGUCUCUUGGGAGCCUCUCAAAAGAUCAGAUUUAUCCAAUGAAACUCAAGGGCAUUUCCAUCUGCUAUUCUGCUCUCAAGUCUGCCUUAUGUGGAAAUUAUGUCAGCUUUGGCGUCUUCAAGUUGUACGGGGACAACCAUUUUGACAACGUACUCCAGGCCUUUGUCAAAAUGCUGCUUUCAGUGUCCCAUAGUGACUUGCUACAAUAUCGGAAAUUGAGCCAGUCUUAUUACCCUCUCCUGGAAUGUCUCACCCAGGACCACAUGAGUUUUAUCGCUAAUUUAGAGCCUCGGGUGCUCAUGUACUUUCUCACAUCUAUCUCUGAGGGACUAACUGCUCUUGACACAAUUGUCUCUUCUAGCUGUUGUACAAGUUUGGAUUACAUUAUGACCUACCUCUUCAAGCACAUAGCAAAAGAAGGCAGGAAACCACUUCGACAUCAAGAAGUUUCCCAGGAUGGUCAGAGGCUGCUUCAUUUCAUGCAGCAAAAUCCAGAUGUCCUACAACAGAUGAUGUCUGCUCUCUUGAACAUCAUCAUUUUUGAGGACUGUCGGAACCAGUGGUCAGUGUCAAGGCCUCUGCUGGGCCUUAUACUACUCAAUGAGGAGUAUUUCAGUGAAUUGAGGGAGAGCCUGAUAAACAGCCAACCCAUUGGCAAACACGAAGUCCUGGCCCACUGUUUCAGGAACCUGAUGGAGGGUGUGGAACAGAACCUGCUGAUAAAGAACAGAGACAGAUUCACUCAAAAUUUGUCAGUUUUCAGAAGAGAUAUGGUUGAAGCCCUACGUAGUGAUGGAAGCAUAGAAUCAGGCGUUUUGGACAUGAUGAGCUGACCCAAUUUCAAUGAUUCCCAUGAAGAAUAACGUUUUUGAAUAGACUCUGGAAGGUUUGGGUCUCAGUAUGCUGAUGUUGGCCGGACCAAUGGAAAUUUUUUAAAAACAAUAUCUGCAUUUUUAUAACUCUGGCCUAAUUGUAAGAAUUUAUAAGCAUGAGAACAAUGUAAAAUCACAUUCUUUGCUUAAAAAAAAAGAAAUAUGUUUUCAACCUUUCUGUUUGUUCUUAUACUGCUGUAAAAUGGUGUAAAAACAAUAUUUAACCAAAGGACAAAAUAAAUCCAGCUUUGCUCCAAAAUAUA